CGCUUGCGCCGGCCCGGCCUUGUUGUGGUCUGGCUGGCUGGCUGGCGGGCUUGUCUGCCAGUCUGUCAGGACUAAUUUUCUUUACCAUCUUUUCUUUCUUCUUCUGCUUCAUCGUUGAAUGAAUCAAUGAAUGAAUCAAUCAAUCAAGCAAGCAAGCAAGAAUGGACAAGGGACAAGGCACAACGGUGUGCUGAUGGCUGAAGGCUGACCUCGGCGGCGCUCUACCUCACAAAGAAACUGUAGAGAGUGGAUUGCGUCAGUCCAUUCAUCUAUUGAUUCGUCCGUCGCCUCCUGCUCCAUCUUGGCCGUAAGUGGUGGUGCAGGCCGGCGAUGCGAAGCUCCGAGUCGUGCACGCGUGUACCUAUUUUCUCAAUCAAAACAUGCAAUGGAUGAAUGGGUGAAUGAAGGGCAAAGGGGAAACCGAAUCUUGGAUGUCUUUGCUGUAGUCUGAACUCGGAACCGCGUGUCCCCCCCAAUCAGUGGCCAUGCGGCUCUCCUGACCCGCCGCCGUGGUGCAAGCGAUGAGACAGGAAUUUGGGGAUUUGGCCAUGCCGACCACCAGACAGGAAGGCCGGUAGCUGCUUUGGGCAACGAGGCGUUUGUUUUUUAUUUUCCUCUGCUUUCUUUUCGCUCUUUGCUUUUGCUUUUGCUGGCCUGCUGCGCUGCCUCAAACCGAAUCCCCCCUCGUGCGGUCGCGGGCAUAUUGUGAUUACGAUGCCCAGGAUCCAAGGAUCCAAGGCUGGCCGGGGUGGGAGACUCUUCCCAAGCAGGAGCAGGACAGGGCAGGAUGGGUCGGGACUGGCGCCAGCGAACGAACCAUGGCCCGCUAGCCCUGCACGGUCGGGGUCUGGCCAGUGUUGGCCACCGCGAGCCGCAGGACAAAGCGCUGCUCUUGCUGGCGGCUGCUGCUGCAUCAGAGAGAGAGAGAGAGAACACUCUCGCUCUCACGCGCCAGCCUGCCACGCUCACCAUUGUUUACGAGGUGUUCCAAAAUAGCCUGCCUGCCAUAUCCAUUCAGCAAGAAGCAAUCAAUAGUCGUGUUUUCCUUUUUUGCCCUCACUCUCUGCUCUGCUCUGCAUCCAGCUGUACUGUAUGUAGGCGUGCCCGGCCGGACCCACGCGCACCCGAAUCGCCUUGUCUGCUAAGCAGCAGCUGCAAUAGCAGCAGCAAGACGACUUGCGUGCUCACUCACCCCCUCCCUUCGGCUGUCUCGAAUCGGCGGCAGAGCGACAAAUGCAGCAACAGGCUGACAUGGGCAUGGGCCAAAGCUUCGGCGACCUGGCGGGCAGUCCUGGCUCCAAUACGCGACCGUGCUCCUGGCUCCUCCAGCUGACCAGAGGCUCGUUCCCUUCAGGCUGGCCGACUCAGGGCUAUCAACGUAGCCGAGAGACGCCACGACGGCGUAGGGCGCACAUGAUGCCUGCUUAAGCGGGAGGGGCUGCUCCUGUGAGAAGAUGGGAACAAAGAAUCCCUAGGUACGUACCAAUCCGAUCGACGGCUAUCGAUACCUGCCUGCUGCCGGGUUCAGGGUUUGUGUGUGCUCUUGGCUUGUGUUGUUCUUCUUCUCUCUGUCCCUCUCCUCUCUCUCUGAUCACGGUGCAGCGCAGCGCCGCGCAUCCAUCAUCCGUGCAUGCAUACAUGCACAAAGGCGAACCGCGGGUGUGCUGCUCAUGUGCAUGUGUGUAGCGAGAGAGCCAUCGCGUUUAGAGCAGGCAUGCCGCCGGCCAAGACGACGACGACGAUAUCAUCAGCAACAGCAGCGUCAUGUCAAUCACUCCAUCUCAACUGGAUCCGUGCGUCGCCGUCACCGCCGUGUGCUGGGCUGGCCGGUACGGUGUC